GGAUGAUCAGUCAACGUGGCCACGCUCUAGCUUUCCCUCGUUAGUUACUUAUUGACCUUCAAGAUACCAACAUUAUUGUGACUGGAGAGUUCCCUCCUCCUCUCCGGCCACGAUUUCGGCCAGCCCACUACCACCCACUUUCCAUUCCUCGCUUCGUGUUCCGGAAUGGUUCUCGGCCAUGGAGUCUUUUGUGCCUAAGGAUUCGCCUUUGGAUGACUACCUCCAAGGAGUUGGUGGAAGCGAGGAGAACUGGUCAGCGGCAGAAGCGCAAAGCGACAGUGAACAUGAGGUCACAGCCUCUGAUUUUGCUCCUCGGGGAGCUUCUCGCUUCCAGAGCCGAGUUCGCAACAAGCUCCCAAAGCCCCUGAGACUCUGCAACUCGCCUCAUUCCGCGAUCGUCGAGAAGCUCUACACGGCCUGCUCGUCUGCCCUAAACGCGCGCAUUGCACGAGGAGACAACGAGCGCUUCCUGGAACAAUUCGGAUAUGUUAUCGUCGCCUCUCAACUGCUGAACGAGCACAGCGCCCCUUCCUACACCUCCGCCGCAGACGUCCUCGCAGCUUCACAGCCCGCAGACCUUCCAUCCCUCUCCACCACUUUUGGUCUGCAAGGUGCAAUAGUCACUGCUUCUACAUCCUUCUCGAUUGUGUGGUUACUACACUGGGGCCGGUCUAAGACGGGAUCUGGGUUGAAUUUACGGAAGUUCGGGAUCCUGUUGAUCCUGGUGCCGGUUCUUGGGGUCUUUUUCUAUGCUUUUGCGAAGCGACAGUGGCUGAAAUACUUGCGGCACCAGGCGGUGGAAGCCGCUGGGGCAUUUGUCGGAAAUGCUCAGGGGUUUGACUCGGCUGCAUCGGCUUCGGUGGUCUUUAUCCAAGAGGUAGAGCUGGUCUCUAGAGGCUAUCGGAUAAGCACACCCCUCCCCCCUAUCAGCCGAUUGGAAGACCAGGUGCAAAGCCGGCGAUGCUUGCGGCUGCGAAGAGCAGUAUCUGAAUGUUUUCGGUCCAUGCUUGAGCGCUAUAUUCAAUCGCAAAACACGCUCCGCCCGCUCACCGACGAGGCGAACCUUGCUAAAUAUUAUGACAUCUACGAUAUCGCAUUGGAAGAUCUGGAAGCAAUCGAGUCAACGCUCUCGCAACGCUCUAUUGAUGAUCAAUAUUCCUUACGUUCCCUGCGCGAAGCAUUCGGGAAAUUAUAUACAGUGAGGAAAAGCGUAUUAUGCUGUUUGCUUGCGCUUAGUGCCGAUGGAGGAGAAUCUGAUAUCGCGAGGUGGGGUUCGGCCGUGGAAGAGAUGCGCGAGCUCGCUGCAGUCACGGGGUCAAGCAUGACCAAAAUGGCCAACAUCCUGAACGAAGAAGACCGGGAUGUUAUUCCUCCUUCACCGUUACCGUCCGCUUCUCCAAGCAAGGAGCAUAUGCGUGCGCAAUUUCGGCGGCUGAACUCGUUAUCUCAGGGUGUUCGUGCCUUGCAUGCUAAAAUGCACAUCGUCAGUGAGGAGUCCAACGCCAAUCUCGAAAAGUCCGAGUCCGGUGAAUUCGAGGCCAGUCUCCUAGUACAGUAUGACUCCAUCGGUAGCGACAUUAGGGCCCUUCUCCAGGAAUGGGAAUUGGGGAAAGCUACCUUUGUCAACAAUCAGGAUCGCCUCAGCGUUGGGAACUUCUCCCGACCCCCGAGCACAGCCUUCCCACUGUCUCCUACACCUAGCCUUGGCGGUACCACCGCCGUGGAGGGUAGUCCCACCGAUGCGCUCAAAGCGCUGAACGGGGAGCGUCCAGACUUGACGCAUAGUUUUGAGGACGAGGAGAUCUUCGAGGCGGUUGUGCUCCCUUCUUCUAGAAAUAAGAGGGCAUCUCUAACGAGGGAUGAGCGUCUAGCGCGCGUUCGUGAAGCACGUGCCACUAAAGCAGCCGCCCAAGACAAGAUAUUUGCUAAAAGCAACAUGCUGAAGGAACUGGAGAUGGUUAUUCAGCAAAGACCUCGCAACAACUCUUCCAAGCGAGUGACUAGCAUCUAAUACGUGCUGAUACCGGGUUCCCUUGAAACCCAAGGCACUCAUACGCUCUCGUUCUUUUAUUCUUGCUCUGAUGUCGAGCAUGGCUUCACAUCGCCAUGGUUUGCUGACAUGAUACCCAUGAACUUUAUAGAGGGAUCAGGCGAAGAUGGAGUUUUUGAGGAUUAUUAGCCUUUAUUUCUUAUCCUUCCGGUCUUUGGGACCUUAUUCUUUCUCUUUGGUCUGAUUGUUCUGUGUUUUCUCUUGUAUUCUCACUUGCUGGAUGGGUUUCGCUCUGUACAUUUCUUUCUGGCUUUUUGCAGCUAAGAGGACGGACCUGGCUCCAAGAUCUUUCUGCCUUGUACAUUACUACAGCUUCUAUUCUUACCAAUGUCCUGUAAUUAUAAUUGUCUCGGAAC